GGGAAAGAAAAAAGAAAAUUAGACAUAGAAAACGCAAUUAAUUAUAGAAGAAAUUAUUUUAUUAUUAUGAAACUACUAUAGAAGAUCCGGAGAAUAGACCACUGGCAAAAUCCUUAACAGAAACUUUUUUAAUCAUAUAUAAAAUGGCUGUUUCUUGAUUCACUGCCGACCGCCAAUAAUGGGCCUAACGAUCGAGAGACCCAUUUUUCACUGAUUGAUCAAAUGGGUCUUCUUGACAGCUCCAUCCCUGCCUGCUUAGGGCAUGAAAAUCUCUGGGGGGCUCUCAACAACUCCAUUGCCGACUGAAUAUCCAGUACUUGGGCAUACCUUCAUUUGUAGUUUGUCCAAUCCGGGGCCCCAUUCAUUUGCCAGUGCACAUUUUUCUCACUUGAAUCUCCCCUGAAGGAGCUAUAUUUAUUGGUUCUUGGACAUUGCUGCUUUUGUUCAACUAUGUUUCUUGGAUUCUUAGCAAUGGUUAAAGGCUCCAAUUUUUCUGAAUGGAGACCAGAAGUUCUGUUUCUGUGAAUUCCUGGUGCAUCUUCUUGAUUGCAUAUGAAGAUGGACAGGGCGGGGAUUGAUUUGAGGUUCAACUCUAGAUCUAAGCAAUCAGAGGAAACAUUGUUGGAUCUGGAGAGAAAUUGUUGCAAUCAGCUGAACAUGUCUUCAUCAAGCUCUCCACCGCUACAAAUUUUUGCCUCGGGUGGUCAACUCUAUGAGAGCAAUGCAGCUUACUUUUCGUGGCCCAGCAGGUUGGAUGUUGCCGAGGACAGAGAGAAUUACUUUGGAAACCUUCAGAAGGGGGUUUUACCGGAGACUUUUGGGAGGCUUCCGUCGGGGCAGCGAGCUUCAACCUUGCUUGAACUUAUGACCAUCAGGGCAUUUCAUAGCAAUAUGUUACGCCAGUUUAGUCUUGGCACUGCGGUUGGGUUUCGCAUCAGGAAGGGCGUUUUGACUGAUAUACCUGCUAUUCUCGUCUUUGUUGCCCGAAAACUCCAUAGACAAUGGCUCAGUCGUCUUCAAUGUCUACCAGCUGCUCUUCAGGGACCAGGGGGCAUAUGGUGUGAUAUUGACGUUGUUGAAUUCUCAUACUAUGGUGCACCUGCAGCAACACCAAAGGAACAAUUGUACACAGAACUUGCUGAUUGCCUGCGUGGAAGCGAUUCAUGCAUUGGUUCUGGGUCCCAGGUGGAAAAUCAAGAGACUUAUGGAACCUUGGGUGCUAUUGUAAGAAGCCAGACGGGAAGUCGCCAAGUUGGUUUUCUUACUAAUCGCCAUGUUGCUGUCAAUUUGGAUUAUCCAAGCCAGAAAAUGUUUCAUCCCUUGCCGCCAAACCUUGGACCCAGCGUGUAUUUGGGCGCUGUGGAGAGAGCAACCUCAUUUAUAACUGAUGAUCUUUGGUACGGAAUCUUUGCCGGAAAAAACCCAGAAACAUAUGUUCGAGCAGAUGGAGCUUUUAUUCCUUUUGCCGAAGAUUUUGACAUGUCCAACGUAACUACGUCUGUGAGAGGCGUAGGCGAAAUUGGCGAUGUCUAUAAAAUAGACUUGCAGUCUCCCAUUGCCAGCCUCAUUGGCAGGCAAGUGGUGAAAGUUGGAAGGAGCUCGGGUUUGACUACCGGGACCGUAAUGGCAUAUGCCCUAGAAUACAACGAUGAAAAAGAAAUAUGUUUCUUCACCGACUUCCUUGUUGUUGGUGAGAACCAACAGACGUUUGAUCUAGAAGGCGAUAGUGGUAGUCUCAUUCUUUUAACUCGCAAAAAUGGAGAGAAGCCACAACCCGUUGGAAUCAUCUGGGGCGGAACAGCUAAUCGAGGGAGACUAAAACUGAAAGCUGGUCAACCCCCUGAAAAUUGGACAAGUGGAGUGGACUUGGGCCGUCUCCUCGAUCUCUUGGAACUCGAUCUCAUAACAUCCGAUGAAGGUCUUCAAGCUGCAUUAAAAGAUCAGACGGCUGCAUCGCAAGGUGGAAUUGGUUCUAUCGUUGGCAAUUCUUCAUUCACUGCGCGAUUUCCUUCAAAAGAGAAAGCUGAAGUAAAUUUCGAGCCGCUUAAUCUAAACAUCCAACAAGUUCCCAUUGACGGUGACCUUCAUCUGGGCAGGCGCAAAGAAUUCCACAUUCCCCGCGGAGAAAGUGAGUCAGCGUCCUGCGUCGAGCACCAGCACGCUCCGAAUGGCUCCGCCACGUCCCUAUUUUGCCGGACGAAACAAGGGGAAAGCACCGAACGGAUCAACCUGUGCGUGAUCAGAAACGCGAUGGGGGACGAUCAAAUUUCCGUGUCUCUGCAGCUGGGGGAACCUGGGCCGAAACGAAGGAAGCAUAAUGAACCCCAGGCAUGAUUUCUCAUUUUCUCAACCGAAUUUUUUGGAGAUGGAACUGCAUUCUCAUCCUCGUCCCGCCUGUUAUUUUCUGUAAAUCGCGUAAGAUGUAUAAUAUGCAUGAGAAGCAUUAUUUGGAAGGAAAGUAGGUAGGUAGCUGUAUGCAUAUUGCAUCCACCAUAACUGCAUUGGAGUGUGAUAUGUGAUGAUAUUUCAGCAGUUUAAUUAAGAGUCUGUAAAUGAUCUCUGAUAGGGAAAUUGCAGACAUUUUAUUCAGUAUUAUGCUGCUGAAUGCGAUUGAUUGUAUUGUGCUUCAGUUCUGUAUAGCCAUUAUUAUGAAUCUUUUAUAUUGGUUUACCGUUUAUGCAAGGAUAUCCCACAAAGUUUACA